AGUGGUGACAUCAUCACAGGGAUUUUUUCCGAUUUUCUAUAACUGUUAUCACUUGCUCUCCUUUAUCUCCCACAUUUGUGACAGUCAUUUUUCACUAUAUCAAACAUAAUCUCACACAUUUGUGUUUGUUAAAUCUUCCUCACUCCAUCUGUCAAACUCUUCAUUAAUAUGACGAACAGUUUUUAUGAAAGUUUGUUGGUUUGUUCUCCGUCAUCGGCGAAGAUGGACACGGGUGAAUCAGAGGAUGAAACAUAUUUGAUUCACUGUCCCUGUGGAGACAGUUGGGGUAUUUUAACACUAGGGGGCGACUGUGGUAAAACUACAGGGCAAAUGCACAGUUAAUGAAGCUUUCACAUUAUCAUGUAAGAACGUUUCAAUUUAACAUUAACUUUGAUUAGUGUAAUUAAAACAUUUAAAAUGCAAACAAUUUGACAAACUUUGAGAAAAUCUUUAUUAUUUUCACUUGAUUUGAAAACACUACAGAUGCUUUGUUUCAGUCAGUCCAGUUGUUAAAGAGUUGACUCGAGCUGAUUUUAAUUUUCUUCUUUCAGAAGCGUAAUAAUGACUUUUAUUGAUUUGUAUAUACUUUUUGUUAUAAUUUUCGUUCUUCUCUCGUCUGUCCAACAUCUUUCUUUCAUUCAGCUUGAGAGCAAUGCAUGAUAUUAUAGGCCAUCAUGAUCACUAACUAGACAAUAUAAAUAUAUAUAUAUAUAUUGUCUAGUUAGUGAUCAUCGGCUGUUCCACUUUCAUAACUUCCGGGUUGUGUCGGGGGUGCUCUGGAGUCAGUCUAGAACAUUGACUGUAAAAUAAGUGAAGCCAAAUCCAUCACCCUGGUGUCUGGCUGCUGUAUAGGUCAUACGCCCCUUCCUCCUCCACGUUAGAAGAUGGGACAUGGACCAAAGAUCAAUGUAGACGGUAAACAUUUUUUUCGUGCAGAAGCAGGUUUUAUUAAUAAUUUUAACUGUUUAGCUUUGUUCAUUUAAAUUCUUUGAGGACUACCGUGUGAGCGCCCACUAGAGGAACAGCAGGCAUAUUUGGUACAGCAACAUUAACAAGUGAAAAGGUUUCCCUAUUUGUCCAUGAUGCAUUGUGGGAUACUGAGUCUCUGUAGGUGUAAUAAUUCCCUGGAACAGCUCGACAGAGUAUGAAGCGUCGUUGUCGGCAACAGACUCUACUUAUCUCACUUCCUGUCUCCGCAGCUGUCAAUCAAACGGAUACUUCCUCAGCUUCUCCUCACUUGGACUCAGUCAGUCGUUCAGAGUCUUUCUCACCAUGCAGCUCGUCCUCCUCCUCUGUCUUCUGUCCCACGUCGCCAGGGUUACAGCUGUGGCAGGUUGCCACAGUGACAGGGACAAGGACCACCGGCCCAGGAUGAACUGCACAGCAGCCGGGUUCAGCGCCGUCCCGGCGGGAUUCGAACCCACGACCAAGGUUCUGUUGUUUCCUAGGAACCUGUUCUCCAGUGUGCCCUGGUCCUCCUUCAAGAUUUGUCCGGACAUCUAUGAGAUUGACCUCACAGGCAACCAGGUUCCAGAGGUGACACCCAGCGCCGCUCCCAUCCUGCCCACCCUCAGUGUUCUCCGACUGGGGUGGAACCACCUCGGGUCCAUUCCUGACGGCUCCUUCACCGCCUGUCCCGCUCUGACCGAACUCUACCUGGACAACAACAACAUUGACGCUCUGAGCAACCACUCCUUCUCUGGACUCAGUAAACUGGAGAUCCUGGAACUGUCGUCCAAUCAUAUCAAAGUGCUUCCCGAGCUCCUGCUCCACCCUGUUCCAGCCAUAGAGAUCCUGUGCCUGGAGAUCAACAAGAUCAAAGUGAUGCCGGACAAUUGGUUUAGCACGAAGGAGGAGGUGCCGUACCUCUAUCUCUCAGCCAAUCCCUGGGUCUGCUCCUGUGACAUUGGUUAUUUGCACGGAUACAUUGAUGAAUAUGCCAACGUCUACGUCCGCGAUGGUAUAGAUAUCACUCCGGAACCAGAAAGUGUUAUAUGUGAUUCUCCCCAGAGGCUCAAAGGUCAACCACUGAUGAGUCUUAAUGAGUCUGAUUGGUGUCCGACUGGUGAGGACGAAGUAACCGACUCUCUUUCCGGGUUCCAUGAUGCUCCCUCGACUGUUACCAGCGUUUCCUCUUCUCCUGCUACUACUAUCACUGCUACUACUAUCACUGCUGCUGCUACUGUCGAAACCACUGUGGUCACGUUACAACUCCACACAGUGUACCACAGAGUAGUCACAUCGUCCUGGUACCAAACCUUCACCAGUUCUUUUGAGUGGUCGAGCAUUUUGGAGAAAGAUCCUGGAGUAAGGGAUUUAUCUAUUGGGUCACAUCUUCCUUCUGAAAGUCCUGCGAGCACGUCAACGGCUGCGCCCAUGAAAGCUCGGACAAUUGAAUCCGUUCCUUCAACUGUUACAUCAACAACUCCGAAACUGCAGCUAAUCACGGCCACCGCCCCCACUGAGGCGGCAAACACCCCAGUCUCCCCAUGGGUAUUCAACAGAGCUCCAGGUGGUGAACAUCGUGGUAGAAUUGGUGCUGUCGGAGCUGCAGGACUGUUCUGCUUCUGGCUUUUUGCAGUGUGCGUGCUGCUGUGCGUUGUGUCGGUGGUGUGCAUACUGGCAACUCUGGCGAGGUUGGUGGACUGGUACAGGAAGGUGUACAAGCCUCUGAAUGUGGCUCUGGCAAGACGGGGGGGAGGUGGUGAGGGAGUGAGGCUGUUAACGUACAACAGGAGGGAGGAGAAGGAGGUGGCAGGAGGAGGAGGAGCAGGAGGAGGAGGAGGAGGAGGAGGAGGAGGAGUGGUGGCACUGUAUCGCUCCGUUCUGUUUAUCCACAGGGAGGAAGAAAAAGCUGUGGAGAGGGAGGAGAGAGUGAGCGAAGGUGAGCGGGGAGGACGAGGAGGGAGGGAAAGACUCCUCGUCACUGUGGAGCCGACGGGAGAAGAAGUGAAGAGAGAGGAUGAAGGAGAGAGAGGAGCGAUGGAGGAGAAGGGGGUGUAUCGGCAGACUCUGUACCGUCUGUUGAGCAAAGAAGAGGCCAUAUCCGGAUGGAGGGAUGUGAUGGAGGAGUGUCGGGUCCCUGCAGAAGAUGGAGGUGCAGGGCCCUGGAUGUUGUGAUGGGAGUCGACCAGCAGGAUGCAGCAGAUGCUCACAUCAACACAACCACAGACUCUUCACUGAACAACAUGAAGAACAAUAAUUAGUUGCUUCAUGAUCACAAAUCAAAAUACAACACAGCCACAUAUUACAUAUCAAUUCUAUCAAGCUUUUAUUAAAAUAAAUUUAAAACACAACCUUCACUAGGAAGCAAAAAUCUGACUUUAAACUUAUCACAAAUAAUGUGACAUUAAAGAUGAGAUUCAUUAAUGUUCGAUAAGAUAAGAUAAUCCUGUAUUUGCUGUAUUAGGACAGUUAAAAAAAUAAAUUUGGCCGAGCAGGUGGAGUUGCUGCUAUUUU